GAAAAGGAGGAGGAGGAAGAGGAGGAAGAGGAGGAGGAAGAGGAGGAGGAACAAAAGGAGGAGGAGGAAGAGGAGGAGGAGGAGGAAGAAGAGGAGGAGGAAGAAAAGGAGGAGGAGGAAGAGGAGGAGGAGGAGGAAGAAGAGGAGGAAGAGGAGGAGGAGGAAGACAAGGAGGAGGAGAAAGAGUAGGAGGAGGAAGACAAGGAGGAGGAGGAAGAGGAGGAGGAGGAGGAGGAGGAAGAGGAAGAAGAGGAGGAGGAAGACAAGGAGGAGGAGGAAGAAGAGGAAGAGGAGGAGGAGGAAGAGGAGGAAGAGGAGGAGGAGGAAGACAAGGAGGAGGAGGAAGAGGAGGAGGAAGAGGAGGAAGAGGAGGAGGAGGAAGAAAAGGAGGAGGAGGAAGAGGAGGAAGACAAGGAGGAGGAGGAAGAGGAGGAGGAGGAAGACAAGGAGGAGGAGGAGGAAGAGGAAGAAGAGGAGGAGGAAGACAAGGAGGAGGAGGAGGAAGAGGAGGAGGAGGAGGAAGAAGAGGAAGAGGAGGAGGAGGAAGAGGAGGAGGAAGAGGAAGACAAGGAGGAGGAGGAAGAAGAGGAGGAAGAGGAGGAGGAAGAAGAGGAAGAGGAGGAGGAGGAAGAAAAGAAGGAAGAGGAAGAGGAGGAGGAGGAAGACAAGGAGGAGGAGGAAGAGGAGGAGGAGGAAGAGGAGGAGGAGGAAGAGGAGGAGGAUUCAACAGAUCUAAGGAGAAGAAACGAAGAAAACAGAAAAAAAACAUGAAAGAGGUGAAGAGAGGAGGAGCGCUGGCCGACCUCCAUGAUGAAGAGUCGCUGGGAUUCUUCAUCACUUCAUUUCCCCUGAAGAGGAGAAGAACUGAGAAUAAUAAUUAGUGACAGAAAAACCUCAAAGCAACAAUUAAAACAGAUUGAAAAGCAAGAAGAAGCUUCCUGAUGUUUACUAAAGGAAACUUUCCACGUUUCAGAACCAAAACGCUCCAGAUGAAGCUGCAGGAAGUCCAGCUCAUAAUUCAUAAAACCAAAACUAAUAAGAGAAGAUUUACAGAUCAGCAGGUCAGUGAACGCAUCAUGACCAUUUCUCACUUUGGGACACUGCUGCCAGAGCUCAGGGCCCAAAGAUCCGAAGGAAUUUCUGACGCUGCCUGAACGCCUCAUGACAGGUAGAAGAGGAGAUGAAGAGGAGAUGAAGAGGAGCAGAGGGGGCAACAUUGUCAUGCCUGGGGCAAAGGGGGGUAGUUUAAGAGGCCACAGGGGCAGAACAGAAAAUCACAGGAAAGUGUCAAUCAGGAGAGCAAUGAAGCAACACACACACACACACACACACCCACACACACACACACACACACACAGCUUCGACACGGCUCUGAUCAGGGAUGAAGGUCAGUACUGCUGUAUUUUAUUCAAACAGAAACGAUGUGAUCUCAGUUAUUUCAAGCAUCUGAUGGUGAUAAUCUGACAUGUUAAAGUUCAGUAAUCUGUCAGGAAACAGGAAGUUUUUAG